UGAGGUUAGAUCUGAGGAAGGUUUAUUGUUUUCCUGGGAAAUUGCUUUUCCUCCGCAAUGGAGAGCGUUAGGAGUGAAUUCUUCGACUUGGGCACGAGAUUUCUCUUCCUCAAUCACUAUGACGAGCAAAACAGUGUGUCAAUCAUUGAAUUGAAUCUGGUGUUGAAUGAAUUGAAUGCCAUCUGCUUUCGACAUCAACAAAUUGCUGAUCACAAAUGUGCUGUGGCCUUGAUGGGAGCCUUCCCGAAAAUCUCAGCCAGUGAAGACACUCUAGUCGUGAAGGCAUGCUGUCUGCUGGUGUCGCUGGUGAAGAAGCAGAAGAUCAGAGUUCCUCCCAAUCUGGCAAAUCUCAACAUCUUCUGGCUGCUAAGGUGCCUGGAGAGGAACUUCUGUGCUGUUGUCUGUGAUGCCCUGAAGGCCUUAAAUGUGCUCUUCCUGGAAAAUGUCAAUGCCCUGGAAAUUCCCUACGACAAGCUCUUGUCGAUGGACAAAGGCCUUCUGGCGAGACUCCUGAAGCAUCCCGAGAUGGGGAACAAUUCUGAUGUGAAGUACGAAAAGAAUAGCGAAGAGGACAUCUUCCUAAGAGCUCUAUCUUGCGUUGAGACUCUGUUCGUGGAUUAUGAAGAAGCUGACGCUGUGACGAAAAUUCCAGAGGAAUACAUCCCAAAACUGGGCGAUAUAAUCCUGACGAGUCUCUACAAAUGGGAUCUGGAGACGCUGGAAGAGUCAAUCUACAGCACUUUCGUGCGCAAGAUCCUGAACAUCCUGAAAUAUCUUGCAGAUUUGCAUCCAAAGUGGCUGAAAGACAAUUUGGGAGAGAUUCUAGGCGCCGCUCGGGUGUUCAUGGUCACGGGAUAUGUGGAGGAGGAGUGGCUGAAGCCUCAGAAAGUCACUCCGUCGCAGCAGAUCCUGCUGGAGCCACAGAAUCCCGCCACGAACAGAGGUGGAAAGAUUAUGCGCACGAAAAAGAGCCAGAAAGCCAGCAAAAAAGCCAAAAAGCAGAAGAAUGAGGACCAGAAUCAAUUCCUCAAGCCUUAUUCGUAUGAAAGUGUGACGCUGUUGGACCCUACAGAGGAACCUCUGGCCUUUCCGACCAGUGAAUCCGAGCUGUCGGAUUCUGCGGGUGGAAAAUUCGCUCCGGACAUUCGUCAGAAGAAGUUUCGCGUGCGCUUGGCGGCGAUUCAACUGAUCGGAAAUGUGGCGAAGGCUGUGGAUCAGAGGACGAUGUUUGGCUACUGGCACUGCCUCUUCGCGGCGAAGGACAUCUCGCUGGACAAGUGCGUCCUGCGCGAUCCCAGCCACCGAUGUCGCAUCUGUGCUCUGCAAACGAUCUCGAGUCUGCUGCACGACUCGAAGAAGUACAUCUAUCAGGCAGAGAGCACCGAAUCCUCCUCGUCCUUCACGCCUUUCUCCGUGGCACUGGGCAACAUGAUCCUAGAGCUAUACAAGAGCCUCUUCCAGGCCCUGGACACGGAAUCCCUGUCGCCCCUGAUCGUGCAGAUCCUCAAGUGCCUCAUCGUGCUCAUUCCGGCCACGCCUUUUCAUCGCCUCAAGCCUGGCAUCGUGACUGAGAUCGUGAGGCAUGUGAGGAAGCUGGUGGAUCACUGGGAGGCCACGAUAAAGCUGUUUGCCUUCCGCGUGAUGGGCUUCAUCAUCUCCAUCACGGACAUCACGCCUGAGAUCGUGCAGUGCAUCGGCGUGAAGACGCUGAGCGUGCGCAAGGUCACGGAGGACAUUCACAAGGUGUACCUGGCGGACGAUGGCGAGGAGGAAGUGAUCGAGUGUGAGGAAGCUGAGGAGGAGGAGGAAACUGAGCAGAAGCCACUCGAGAGAGACGAGAAGAGCGAAAGCAACAUGUCGUGGAUUCUCGAGGCUCUGCUGAGCAGCAUCAGGAUAGGAUCUGUGGAGAUCCAGAGCGAAUGUUUCACCCUCUUGGCCGCGAUGUCGGCGCACAUGGAGAUGCUGUUGGAGCACUUGAAGCCCGUGGCGGAAGCCAUCAGAAGUGGCCUGGGAGACUCAAGUCAGACAAUUGUGACAAAUUCCGCGAAAGCUCUGGACUUUAUUGCACACUCUGUGACGCAGUACUUCCUGAACGGUUCCGGAAAGAUGUCUAGUGAGCUGGAGAGCGCCGUUGAGCUGUGGCUGAUCGUGCUGCCGAGCGUCACGGAGCAGUUACAGGGCAGCGUGGUGACCAUCAAAAUAAUCUGCUGUGAUGCCUUGUCCAACAUCGGCGGCCAUGUGUACGAGGCUUUGCCCAGGGACAAGCAAUUCCUCGUGCUGUCGUUGCUGCACGGCAACACUAGCAACAACGAGACAAUCGUCAGGGCGUCCGCCUGUCGCGCCCUCAGCGUCUUCGCGCAGUUUCCCUCCCUCCGCGACGAUCUGGUCUUUGUGGAGAACACGGCCGAGAUGGUGGCGGAUCUGGUGCCGGUGGGAGAGGAGCUGAGUCGCGUGAAAGCCGCCUGGGCGCUGGGCAAUAUCACAGACAUCCAGCAUCUCAAGUCAGACAGCCCGCUGGAUCGCCUGCGCGACGAUCUGCUGAUGAAGAUGCUCAGGAUAUCAAUUGGCGCGUGCGAGGAUCAGUACAAAGUGCGCUACAACAUCGUCCGGGCCAUUGGCAAUCUGCUGUUCCUCGUCCGCGAGGACCUCCUCAGCCAGCCAGCGUGGCAGGAUUUGGUGCGCACAGUCGUGGAGUGUCUGAUCGUGAAUGCGCGCGACGUGAAGUACACAAAGGUGCGCUGGAAUGCGUGCUAUGCGCUGGGGAACAUGAUGAGGAAUCCCUGCUUCUACACGGACACCGCCGUGAAGCGUCUCAACUGGCAGACGCGCGUCUUUCCCACGCUGUGCGAUCUCAUCGUGAAGAAUCCCAACUUCAAGGUGCGCAUCAAUGCCACGGUGGCGUUGGGAACGGUGCCGCGGCGCGAGGAUUACGGGCAGCACUUCGUCGGCGUGUGGGCGGCGCUGACGCAGGCGCUGGAGCAGGCGGACAAUCUGGUGGACUUCACGGAGUACAAGCACAGGGACAACCUGAUGGACCAGCUCUGUCUCACGCUGGCGCACUUGCUGAUGUGCACCGGCGGCGCGGAUCUGGUGGCGAUGCAGGAGCAAUUGAUGCCGCGCGUGGAGAUGACGCGCGUCCACUGGUCCAGGGUGGCCAACAGGAUCCUGCCGGAGCGUGCCACGCCACUCCUCGUGGCCACGCAGCGGCUGAAGGAGUUAACGGGGCAGAAACUGCCUCAGGAUCAGCAACUGGCGGCUCAAUUCCUCGCGUCCUGCUUCGUGUCGCCCAUUGAAUAUGUCUGA